CGCUGGGGGAGGGCGGGAGCUGUCUGGGUGGGGGCCAGCGCUGGCCAGUACCGUUGCCGGGACACCGAGGGUGGCCUUUGUCACUGUCAACAAUGGCCCCACAGGCCUUCCAGGCAUGAGCCCCUGGGGACCCAGAGGCAGACAUGCAGACCCUGCGGCGGGAGGCUGCCCGGCCCUACGUCCCCCGGGGGACCCUUGAAGCAGAUUUCCCAGCACCUCUGUACAGCGAUGACUACCUGUCCGUGGAGGGGCCCCGCUGGACACCGGCCAUCAGGCAGGCAGUGCGCUGGAAGUACGCCCCCAUGGGGCGCGAUGCAGCCAGUCAGCUGUGGUACACCGGCCUGACCAACUCCGAGUCCCGGGAAGCCCGGUGCAGGCUCCCGCGGGCCCUGGACAGCCCGUACCGCCAGGCCUAUGCGCAAUGGCAUGGAUGUCACGGUCACCGGGAGCAAAGCAUGCCCUUGGUACAGGGCCCCCAGGACGUGGUGGACAGACAGACCCAUCCGGGGCAAGGAAUACGUGGUCAACAGGCCCCGGCACCGGGCGGAGUCACCGCGGCAGGGCUCCGACUACGUGCCGUUCCUGUCGGUUGCCCAGCGCCCCCGCUACACCGCGCAGAACUACAGGCAAUGGGACCUGGAGCCUUACUGUCCCUCCACCAGCCAGCGGCCGCCAUCCAUCUACACGCCCGUCCACUGAUAAAGUUCAUGCUGCCCGACACCACCCGCUGCAGGGACCCCACCCCCGUGCAUCCGUCCACCUCUGGGGACCCCGGGGACCUUGGGUGAUCCGGCGGCCAGAUCAAGGGAGCCCCCCCCAACCAAGACGCCAGUGACCAAAACUGGGCCAGAGGCGGACAGACGCAGGGCACACCAGCCGUC